AUGUACGCUCUAAACGGCAGUAGGUAUGGCGGAGAUGUCAGCUUCGAAGUUCUUCAUAAGGCCUCCAAAAGAGGUGCGGAGAGCCGGUUCCUAAGUGAACGCGAGAGAAGGACAACUUUUGUUGUUGAUGAAGUCACUAAUAUUGUCAAGGAAAGCAUCGAAAACAAUGUUGGAAAUAGCUCCUACGUUCACACCAAAGUUCCUCAAUGGACUUCUACAAUUGUUGAACAAAUCUUAAACCAAUUAACAAAGUUGGGAAAGCCAUUCAAAUACAUUGUAACCUGUGUAAUAAUGCAGAAAUGUGGUGCUGGAUUGCAUACAGCCAGUUCUUGUUACUGGGAUAACUCGACUGACGGAAGUUGUACAGUGAAGUGGGAGAAUAAAUCGAUGUAUUUUAUUGUCACGGUAUUUGGUCUUGCUAUAUGA